AUGAGUAACUUUUUUCAAAAACUUGGAAAAAUUGGGGCUGAAAUUGACAAGUCAACUAGGCAUUUUUUAAGGGAUGCUGGAGAUGAAAUAGAGAGAGCAUCUUCGCGCAUAGGGGAUGAACUCGCGAGAGUAUCUACGCGGGAAGAAUUAGAAGAAAUAAAGAUUGAAAAUAAUGCAAUCGAAGCUACUGCGGGGGCUGAAUUUUCCAACACAGAAUUAUCUAAUGACCCGAAAAUGUCGGCAGACAUUCCUACAACUGAAGCUACCAAAUCAGAACAAGAGUACCAUGAAGCUUACCACAAAGCAAAAAAGCAUGGAUUCUGUCGUAAUGACUUCAUCCGCUUUCUCAUAACUGGUCCUCAAAAUGUUGGCAAGUCAUGCCUUAUUCAAGCAUUAAUUUAUCAAGGACAGAUCAAUAAGGUGGAAGCUACAACUGCCGCAGAUAUCAUAUCUGAACUACUAAAUCUGAUAACUUAUAAUAUGGACGAUAAGUCAAUAAAUGAAUUUAAGAAAAUCUUAGAUAAUAAAGUCAAUACAGCGAUAGAGACGGUUAGAAUAUUAGUCAAGAAACCAUCAAACUCAUUGAAUUCUCAAGUCGAUGACGAUUCACAAUCUACUACGGAAUCGAAAGAUGAAUCUAAUAGUGUAGUGAUGAUAGAUAAUACUCCAAUUGAAGAAGAAUUUCUGAAUAAAUCAGUUUCCUUAGAUAUUUUGGCAAAAUAUUUUCAACAAAAUCGUAAUUUACAGGCACAAUUUCAGCCAGAUUAUUGCCGAUAUGCCAAAUUGUGGGAUUUCGCUGGCCAUUCUAUCUACCAUGUAACUCAUCAACCAUUUCUAUCUGAUCAUUGCAUCUAUAUUUUGGUUUUAGACAUGUCUCGAGACAUUGAUAGCUAUGUCAUUAAUAGGGAAGGUCAAGAGCUAAACUUGACUUACCUUGAUACAUUACAAGAAUGGCUAACUUCCAUAAUUUGUAGCCGUCGGGAUCAAUGUGUGACAAGAGCUUUAAUUGAUAACGCUUGGGAAGAAAUUGCUUGGCCUGUCAUUAUUCUAGUAGGUACACAUGCUGAUAAAAUAGGCGAUGGACAGGCUUGCAAGCUACGAUUUAGUGAAUUUACUUGCAAGCUACGACAAGAAUUUCCCGCUUAUGCUAAAAAUAUAUACGGUUCAGGGCUCAUAUUUAACUGUGAUGAUUUAGAUAAUACUACAGGUGUUAUUGAGCAACGUCAACGUGAUUGCUCUGUCUUACAUAAUAUCAUGAAACAAUUUGUGAUUAAUUCUCCAAUUAUCGAUAACUUUAGUAAAAUUCCGAUUCGAUGGUAUCCCAUGGUAGCUCUAUUGCAUAAUUUCUCCAACAUUAAAGAUGCAGAAAGUGCAAAUGGAGACUAUCAACAAGUAGAAGCGAUUAGUAAAAUCAUAUCGACUGAAGAUGUACAACGAUUAGCUGAAAAACAUUAUUUAUGCGAUAAAGAUGAAGAUAUUCGAAUGAUGUUAUCGUAUCUACAUGACAUCGGUGAAAUUGUAUACUGUCGAAAAGGAUCUGCUAAGGGCAUGAUUGUGACUCAAGUUGAAUGGCUUUUGAAUAUUUUUCGUUCUAUCAUUCAACUACGUAAACCUCAUACUAAAGGUUUAGCUACGACAGAUGAAUAUGAAAAGGCGAGAAAUACAGGCAUUAUGUCAUUUUCUUACAUCGACUUCCAACUGAAUAAGCUUAACGUGGCAGAAGAUGAGAAGAAAUACAUACUCGAUCUAAUGGAAUCACACGAUAUGAUUUGCAAAAUCAACUCUAACAAUCUUGAUAGUACCAGCGAAAACGUCCAAUAUUAUGUCCCCUAUCUAUUUCGCUGGAUAAGUCAAGAUAUCGAUUCGAGUCAAUUUAAAACAUCCAAUUGGCUUUACAUUGGAUAUGAACGUUGCCAUAUACCUUAUAUCCCAGAUGGUAUUUUAUUUUGUCUCCUUAUUUCAUGCUUAAAAGAAUGGAAAAACUGUAUUAUUGAGCCUGGAUAUAAGUGUGCUAAAUAUCGAUUUAAAGAUGAUUAUUACGAUAUUAUUAUUAAGAAAGUGAAAUCAUAUAUUGCUCUUCAAUACCGUUAUCGAGAUCUGAGUGACAAUCCCGAGUUACAAGAAGAAAUUGAACAAAAGAUGACAGAAUCAAUCCAAAAAAAUAAACCUUACGAGUUUGUUCGACAUAAAAUAGAAUUACUAAUUGAAGAGAGAAUGCCAACCUGCCACCCAUUUCGAAGUCACUAUUUCACAAGAUGCCCUCACUGUCAGGCUUUCAAUAUGAUUGAAAAAAGCUUAGAAAAUAGUGGUAAAAUAUUUUGUGACUGUAACGAAAUUUACGAUCACGCAUCUUCUCAUGGAUGGAUAGCUGCUUGUACAUUGAAUAAAACGAAAGUUUCAAGAAAACUGGCCAGGUUCAAAUCGGAUGAUAAUCUAAAAGAAUCGAAUCUAAAUAACCUGUUACACAAUGAGAGUAAAAGAAAUCAGUGCUUUAUCACUAUUGCUGAUAAUAUGAACGGAAAAAAGUUGAAAGAAUUUGGCUGGAGAUUAGGUUUAUCUUCUAUAGAUGUAGGAGACAUUGUUGAUAGCAAUGAAGAAAGAUUUGCAAAGUGCAUGAAAUUGCUGGAAGCAUGGCAUCUUAAAUUUGCGUCAAAAGGGAAUAAGGAUAGUUUAUUGGAGGCCUUAAAUAGUUGUAAACUUGCUAAUAUAAGUGAUAGACUUAUCAAGAUAUUUACUAUCGAUGAUAAAAAUUAA